ACAAACAAUGUCUGCGAGCGGCAAUCAACCGUGGUCGACCCGGGAGGUGCAAACCUUCCUGGCCAUAAUCGGCGAAGAGAAGGUGCUUGGUAACGGCAUGGUAAGAAACGAAAGGGUUUUUCAGCUUGUUUCUGAAAGAAUGGCUGCGGAAGGGUUCCAGCAGACGGCCGAUCAGUGUCGCCUCAAAUUCAAGAAGUUGCGAAGUGACUACCGUAGAAUAAAACAUAACAGCAGACGCGGUGUGAACCGUAAGAAGAAAAAGUGGUUCGACACCAUGGACGCAAUCUACGGACGCAGACCGGCGAGUUUGGAGAGAAGCGGCGGCAUCGAUACGACCACCUCUUUGCUGGAGUCUUUGACGAACUCUUCUGUUGAAGACCCUCCCAGCCAGCUGGAAACCACGGAGGGAUUUGAUGAGAGGUUGUCUGUGUGUUCCAGUUCGGCCACAAGGACCUCAACACCGACACCUUUACAACCAGCUCCAUCACCUCAAAAUGGACCUCGUCGUAUGCUAUUUGGCAAGAGGAAGAGGGGGCAGCAGGAUGUUGCUGCAGCUCUGGCAAAGUUACAGGCAUCUGAUGAAAGGCAUCAGGAAUGGCUGGAGAGGGUGGAGGACCGCCGUGACCAGCAGUUUAAAAUAAUGCUGGAGGAUAUUCGUGAGGAAAGACGACAUGAGGCUGAAUUAACUCGUCAACACAUGGAGCAGAUGUCGAGCUUCAAUCAGGCCUUCCUCGGCAUACUCGGCCAGCUGGUGCAGGUGCUGAGUAGUAGCCGUAACCCAGCCUGAACAUCCAAAAACUGGACUUUUGAGCGCUGACUUGAAAACUGAAGACACUUUUAACGUUUGAUUGCACCACUUUCUUAUUUUUGCACUACAUAU